CUAAUAUUAAUUACAACUCAGCGUACAGCCAACAUACAAUCAAAAAAAAAAAAACCAAACAAAAAAAACUGAAGUAAGAAAAACUCAAAACCGCAGUUAAUCAAUAAAUAACAACAACAACAAUGUAACGCCGCAAAGAGUCGUUUAGACGACCUUCAUCAUAAUUUCACGUUUAUUGUUCUCCGCUGACUAAGAGCGGCGCUUUCGGCGUUAUUUAAUACAUUUCAGAUUCACUUUAGUUACAAUACAAGAUUUGCGCAAGAUUUGUUUAUGCUUCGACGGCAUUGCCGAGAACAGUUCAAAAUCAGUUGUGAUCGUCAGUGGAGCAGUUCGGUUCGGUUCGGUGCGACUGCCUUUGAUACGUUGAUCUUCAGCCAACCAGCGCGAGAACGAGCAUCAGCGCGUUUUUAUUAAAUAAGACACUUCGAUUAAAUUACAUGCAGCGUUAAAUUAACGGCAUAAUAUAUGAUUUAUUGUCUCGAAUUGCAUUACGACAAAUUACACGAGUAUUCCAAGUGUGCGGUGCGAGGCACCACGCAGUGCUGAGUGAGUUUGAUUGCCGUUCAACUGCUUUUAGUGUGAAAAAUUGCUGCAAUCAUCAAACGACUAUCAGCCACUUCCAGCAGCCACAAUAGUAAUUAUCCUACUGCAUGGGCAAUUUGACUUCUUCGAGCGCCACGUCGAUACACAUUAAUCCCAGAAUGGCUGACAAUGAAAACCGCAAUCACAGGCACAGUUACAAAGUCACCGAUCAGCACAGCGAUGACGAAUCGUCCAAUAAUCAUAACAGCAGUCCCAACAACAGUAAUACAGACAACAUAAUAAUCACACUGCAUAAUGGGCUCAGUAACGGUAAUGGCAUUGGGAAUUCGAAUGUCGAUAUAAAUGACAGCGCUGUGACCGGCAAUGGCAAUGGCAAUGGUAACGGUGCGGCCAAAUUGUCAGCGCGCACUUACGAGCCACGCGAAAAGCAUAUCAUCACGAAGAACGUCAUUGUUAUUGGUCUAGCGUUUAUGAUACACUUCACAGCGUUUCACGGCACUUCGAAUCUGCAGAGCUCGGUGAAUUCGGACAAGGCGCUGGGCACCACAACGCUCGCUGUCAUUUAUGGCUCGCUGAUUUUAUCCAAUAUUUUUCUACCCAUGACAGUUAUAAGAUGGUUUGGCUGUCAUCUGACCAUGGCUUUGUCCUUUUUCGCCUAUAUGCCCUUUAUUGCUGCUCAGUUUUAUCCACGCUUCGAGACGCUUAUACCAGCAGGUUUAAUGGUCGGCUUUGGCGGUGGACCUUUGUGGUGUUCCAAGUGCACUUACCUCUCGACAGUCGCAGAGGCGCUGACUAAAGUGCGUGGCAAUGAAUCACGCAAAGACGUGAAUACCGUCAAAUUCUUUGGACUCUUCUUCAUAUUCUAUCAAAUGGCACAGGUUUGGGGGAAUUUGAUAUCUUCUUCAGUAUUAUCUUUCACCUCUUCUGCCGUUGUGGAGAUGAAUGCCACACUCGAGGCGCUCAUGACGCCCUCACCCUCGGAAAGUCGUGUAAAUGAGAUUUGUGGCGCGCGUUUCUGUCCAGGCAUUGGCGCUGAGGUGAAUCCGAAUUUGACCCCACCCGAACCGGCGAAAAUCCAACUGCUCACCUCUAUCUUCCUCAUUUGCAUGGCCAUAGCUGUGGUGCUAAUGCUCUUCGGUGUCAACUCGCUGAAACGCUAUGGUGUUCGUCGCAACGACUCUGGCGACGGCUUGUCAGGUUUGCGUCUGCUCACCGUUACCCUAAAUUUGUUACGCAAGCGUCGCCAACUACUCAUUUUACCCAUCACAAUGUUCAUCGGCAUGGAGGAAGCCUUCUUGGCGGUGGACUAUACGCGCUCCUUUGUCGCCUGCGGUUGGGGCAUUUCGAAAAUUGGGUUCGCCAUGAUUUGUUUUGGCGUUGCCAACGCCAUCGCCGCAGGCAUAGCGGGCGCUUUGGUCGAGAAACUGGGUCGCAUCACAUUGUUCGUCGCCUGUGCGCUGCUAAAUGCCUCGCUCUUCGUCUAUAUGUUUUUCUAUGAGGCGCGCGAGGGUGAUUAUGUCAUGUAUUGCGCAUUCGCGGCGAUUUGGGGCAUUUGUGAUGGUGUAUGGUUGGUCGUGGUGAAUGCUUUUUAUGGCAUUCUCUUUCCGAACCAUCUCAUCGCUGGCUACAGCAAUUUCCGUUUGUGGGAAUCGACUGGUUCUGUUAUUGGCUACAUAAUCAGUUCACAGUUGUGUACUUCCACAAAGUUAGUGAUAUUGCUAUGUGUGCUUGGCAUCGGAAGUGCAGGCUAUGGCAUCACCGAGUAUCGCCUGCGCAGAAAGCAAAAAGCUCUGGAGCUUAUGUUAAGUGAUUGAAAAGCAGCUUACGUGUUGGUUUAUGAAUGUGUACGAGUAUUUGCAUUUUAGUGCUAAGAAAAACGAUUUUGUUAAACAUUCUUAAAAUAAAGAUUGUAGAAAUAAAAA